GGCGUCACACAAGCGCCUCCUGGAAGCAGGCUACAGCCAGACCACAGCUCCGUCCGUCCGUCCCCGUAGCCACUUCAAGGUCUCACAGCUCCCCGUACGCGCCCCCCGCCGCUCCUCACUUGAGAGCCCAUGGCCGCGCGCGUCAAGCAGGUGCUCCAGCGCUACGGGCGCACCGCCUUCCUCUUUCACUCCACCGUCUUCGCCUCGACGCUCGCGGGCUCGUACGCGGCCAUCAACCAGGGCGUCGACCUCCAGGCGCUGGCCAAGCGCGUCCCCUUCGUGGACCUGUCGGGCAUCGACCCGGACGCCGGCACGCUGGCGCUCGCCUACCUCUCCACGGUGGCCACGGGCCCCGCCCGAGGCGCGCUCACCAUCGCCGCGUCGCCCAUUCUCGCCCGCCUGCUCGCGCGCAGCCGCCAGCUCUCCAAGAUGUAGACGACGGGCGGACAGCCCAGCCGGCAGCAGCUCAGACAGCCCAGCAGCCCAGCAUCGGCCUUAAGGCGGGCAGCUUAUCAAUGCACGUUUGAGCAGA